AUGACGUUUGAAGAUUUUGAGAACUACUCUUAUUUCUACGACCUGUCUGAGGAAGAUGAAUCUCCCCAGUCCUCCCUCAGUAUUGCCCAUAUGGUUUCCCUUUCCUUUUACAGUGUGGCAUUUCUGCUGGGAGUGCCAGGUAAUGCCAUCGUCAUCUGGUUUAUGGGCUUUAAGUGGGAUAAAUCUGUUUCUACACUCUGGUUCCUCAAUCUGGCCAUUGCAGAUUUCAUUUUUGUUCUCUUCCUGCCCCUCUAUAUUACAUAUGUGGCAAUGGGCUUCCACUGGCCUUUCGGGAAGUGGCUCUGCAAGAUGAAUUCAUUCAUUGCACUACUUAAUAUGUUUGCCAGUGUUUUCUUCCUGACAUUCAUCAGCCUUGACCGCUACAUCCGCCUAGUCCACCCAGUCUUUUCAUACAAGUAUCGGACUGUAAGGAACACCCUCAUUCUUAGUGGGAUCAUUUGGAUGUCAGCUGCAAUUAUUGGUGGCCCUGCCUUAUACUUUAGAGACACAGCUACAGUUCUCAACAAUGUCACCAUUUGCUACAACAACUUCCAUGUGCAUGACAGAGAACUUAUUUUGCUGACACAUCACAUUCUCAUUUGGGUGAGGCUUGCGUUUGGUUACCUCUUUCCUCUAGUCACCAUGGUCAUUUGCUACUCAUUGCUGAUUGUCAAAGUGAAGAGGAGAACUGUAUUGACUUCCAGCAGGCUUUUCUGGACCAUCAUUGCUGUAGUUGUAGCUUUUUUUGUUUGCUGGACACCAUAUCACAUAUUCAGUAUUGUGGAGCUGUCUGCCCACCAUGAUGAAAACUUGCAUGACUUACUGCAGGAUGGCAUUCCCCUCUCCACUGGCCUUGGUUUCAUCAACAGUUGCCUCAAUCCAAUCCUCUAUGUUCUGAUUAGUAAAAAGUUCCAGGCCCAGGUCAAGACGACAGUCUCUGAGGUGCUAAAGUUGGCACUGUGGGAGGUGAGCCGCUCGGGAACUGUCAGUGAGCAGCUGUGGAGCUCAGACAACACCCAUGCACCUGUGCACUAUUGUGAAACUGCUCAGUGA